GUCGGCCAGGGCGUCGCUUAGCUCUCUACCCAUCUCUCACUUUCUUUGCAGCGCUGCCGGUCAUGUUGCAGGUUCAGCGGUCGUCGCGAAAGGCUGUCGCCCGGUGUGUACUACGGAGUUCACGGCGAGGAUAUGCUUCAGGUUCGGAGCCUUACGACGCUGUCAUCAUUGGAGGAGGACCGGGCGGUUAUGUCGCUGCUAUCAAGUCCGCUCAGCUCGGCUUACGGACAGCAUGCAUUGAGAAGCGUGGAUCACUAGGCGGGACAUGUCUGAACGUCGGAUGCAUACCCUCGAAAUCCCUGCUCAACAACUCCCACUUGUUCCACCAAGCCCAGCAUGACUUUGCGAAGCGCGGUAUUGACGUUUCCGAGGUCAAGGUCAACCUUGGCCAGAUGAUGAAAGCCAAGGAGCAGUCGGUUACGGGACUCACGAAAGGUAUCGAGACGCUCUUCAAGCAGAACAAGGUCGACUACAUCAAGGGCACCGCCUCCUUCGUCUCGCCGACCCGCAUCGCGGUCCAGCUCAAUGAGGGCGGAUCGACGGAAGUCGAAGCGAAGAACGUCGUCAUUGCGACCGGCUCGGAGGUCGCGCCCUUCCCGGGCGGCGCCAUCCAAAUCGACGAGGAGCAGAUCGUGAGCAGCACGGGCGCGCUCGCGCUGCAGAAGGUGCCUGAGAAGAUGGUAGUCAUUGGCGGUGGCGUUAUUGGUUUGGAACUGGGCAGCGUGUGGAGUCGGCUGGGCGCUGAGGUCACUGUGGUCGAGUUUUUGGGCGGCAUCGGCGGUGCUGGUAUUGACGAGGAGAUUGCCAAGCAAUUCCAGCGGAUCUUGCAAAAGCAGGGCAUCAAGUUCCAGCUGAACACCAAGGUCCUCGGUGCCGAGAAGAAGGAUGGCAAGGUGUACAUCAAGACUGAAGCUGCCAAGGGCGGCAAGGAAGCCACGCUCGAGGCCGACGUCGUCCUUGUUUCAGUCGGUCGCCGGCCAGUCACGGAGGGUCUCAAUCUCGAUAAGAUUGGCGUCGAAGUGGAUCAGAAGGGCCGGAUCGUCAUUGACGACCAGUUCAACACGACCGUGCAAGGCGUCAAGUGCAUCGGGGACGUGACCUUUGGACCCAUGUUGGCCCACAAGGCCGAAGAGGAAGGUAUCGCGGCUGCGGAGUACAUCAAGGCCGGGCACGGGCACGUGAACUACAACGCGAUCCCGUCGGUGGUGUACACGUACCCGGAGGUCGCGUGGGUGGGCAAGACGGAGCAGGAGCUCAAGGCGGCGGGCGUGCAGUACAAGGUUGGCAAGUUCCCCUUCGCGGCGAACUCGCGCGCGAAGACGAACCUCGACACGGAGGGCCAGGUCAAGUUCCUCACCGAGAAGGAGACGGACCGGAUUCUGGGCGUGCACAUCAUCGGCCCUAAUGCGGGCGAGAUGAUCGGAGAGGCCGUCCUGGCCAUCGAGUACGGCGCUAGCUCUGAGGACGUCGCCCGGACGACGCACGCGCACCCGACGCUCUCGGAGGCGUUCAAGGAGGCUGCCAUGGCGGCGUACCAAAAGCCCAUCCAUUUCUAGGCUUGUGUCGUAUCACACUGGAUAUAUAUACAUUGUUGAAUGCUAUUGCGCGUUAAUAUAGUUCUCUAGUUCUGUGUAUCCCUGCUCUGCUCUUUCACUUGAAAGCGCGUAAUGCUCGAGUGGGUUCCCUUCGAGAUGGAGGAUCAUCCGGCUUCGGAGGGGUGUAGAUGGUCCCGAGCGGAACCGAGUCGUUAUCCUACCCCGGGCAGAGCGUGUUAUUAGGUAUACCUCCUGGCCGUCGGGAAAGGGUGCGGACGAAGUGGUGCCGUCCCAACGGGUGAGUACGACAUGGGAGGAUAGAUGCACGUGUCAUGACUCCUCGUCCUCCUCGUCCUCCCAUGCUGUGAGGGUAUGCGGUCGGACUGCCAUCGGCAGACCUUCCUUGACCCA